CCGGGACGGGGAUCCCGUGAGUCAUUAAAAGUACCUCUACGUAGUACACUAAACCCCCCCGCCACGUGCCAGCGAAGAGGGUUCCAUAGUAUUUUACUACGUAUUUCCAUUGUUUUGACAGCUCGGCCACAACUAAAGACAUCACCAUUAACACAAACCACAUUUCAACAAUGCCCGCCGCCACCAACGACCACAUCCUCACCCUGUCAUGCCCUGACAAGCCGGGCAUUGUUCACGCCGUCACGGGCGUGUUCGCCCAGCAGGGCCACAACAUUCUCGACCUCCAGCAAUUCUCGGACCCCGUCUCGGAAAAAUUCUUCAUGCGCGUGCACUUUGGCCCUACGCCCACGCCCUCGACCGAGCACCUCAUCGAGCCCUUCAACAAGCUUGCGACCGACUACCAGAUGGAGUACAAGAUCCGCCCUGUCGCGCAAAAGACACGGGUUCUGAUCAUGGUGUCCAAGAUCGGCCACUGCCUCAACGACCUCCUCUUCCGCGCCAAGACCGGCCAGCUCCCCAUCGACAUCCCCCUCAUUGUGUCCAACCACCCUACCUUUGAGCCGCUGGCCCAGUCGUACGGCAUCGAGUUCCACCACUUGCCCGUUACCAAGGACACCAAGGCCCAGCAGGAGUCGCAGGUCCUCGAGCUGGCCAAGCAGCACGGCAUCGAGCUGAUUGUGCUUGCCCGCUACAUGCAGGUUCUGUCGCCCACGCUCUGCGAGGCCAUGUCGGGCCGCAUCAUCAACAUCCACCACUCCUUCUUGCCAUCUUUCAAGGGCGCCAAGCCCUACCAUCAGGCGUACGAGAGGGGUGUCAAGAUUAUCGGUGCCACGGCGCACUUUGUCACGGCGGAUUUGGACGAGGGUCCCAUCAUCGAGCAGAGGGUCACCAGAGUUGAUCACGGUAUGGGACCGGAGAGGUUGGUGGAUGAGGGCUCCAACGUCGAGAGCCAGGUGUUGGCGGCGGCGGUCAAGUGGUAUGCCGAGCAGAGGCUGUUCCUCAACAACGGCAAGACCGUAGUCUUUUCUUAGGCGUCUGGAAGAGGGUGCUUGAGACUGUGUUGCGUUGUACAUAAUAAUGAUUGAAUACCCGUACAUACAAGCUCCCCCAUUCCAAGUGAAACUGUGAGCUUCCAGAUGGUGAAAUCCCUUCAAGACCUGAGAUCGGAUGUUUCUUGGUUACAUUGUGGACAACCCAAGCAACUGAACACCGAGGCAACGCCGAA